AUGGAAGGAGGUUUGGACCAGACCGUUGAACGCUGUGCUUCGAUGCUCCUUUCAGAUGAUCCAAGCCAGAUCGAAGCUGGGUUCAAGUUGCUACGAGCGCUGCGUCUCUCUACGGAUAAUGCAAGUCCGGAACUCUUUUCCAGAUUUGCCCAAGAGGUCGCCGCCUUCCAAGGAGGGGCCGUUUUGAGGAGGCUCUCUCUCACGCGCGACGUGGGCCAACCAGAUUGGCAGAACCCAAUGGGAGAGCACAACCGCUUUCUUUAUGCGACUGUGGUGCUUUGUCUACUCAAAGGGAGCAGGAUUGUGGUGGAUUGCAUCCUGCGAGAUGGUACGGAGACGAUCCAAAUGGCCAGGGCUGACUUGAUACAUAUGAGAUUGAUGGCGUUCAUCAACCAUACCUUCAAAGUAUCAGAGAGGUUCAACAGCUCCCCGUUCAAGAAUGUUACCUUGAUUCAAACUCUAGCUUCGCUAGAGUGCUUGUCUAACUUUGCACGAGCGUCGAAGGCGUUCCGGGCGGUCAUGAGGGAGUCAACGGAACAGCGGAGGAUCUUUGAGCACUUCAGUGACCUGCUCUCCGAAAGAGGCCUUGCGAGCAGUGAAGCUGGCUCCUUUCACAGGCUUCGCCUUUGCCUAACGUGUUUGGCCGCAUCUUUCGCUUUUUCCGAGGAUAGCCAGCUGUGGGCGAUUGACAGCGGUCUUCUCAAGCUAGUAGCAGCGAUCUACGAAGCGUCACCCCUGCGCGAGCUCUCCAAAUCGAGUCAACGGGGUCGCUCUCCGGUGUUCCGCUGCAACAGAAUCCUGCUCCGCUUGCUCACCGCAGACACCACAGCGGAAAUGCUGCGCGGCCACAAUGCCCUCGAAGGCUUCCGGCCCCAAAAGCGGAAGAUCAACGCCGCGGAACCGGAAGUCGCGCCUUGGAAGGAGAUUGAAGAGCGAUUGCAGGGCCCGACGAUAGGCGCACAAGAAGAACAGCAACCCGAGGAAAUUGGAAACUACGACGUUGCCGAGGCAGCGGAUAUUCACACCGCAAUGUUCUCAACCCCGGUAGUCUGCUCGUGGAACCUGUGCGCGGCCGGCCGCGAGCCCGUCUCGGGAAAGAGGUUUAGCAUGUGUGCGCGGUGCCACGUGUCGCGCUACUGCAGUAAGGAGCAUCAGAAAUUGCACUGGCGCAGUCAAAAAGACCACUGCAGAAAGGUCGUGCCGCGAAGGGACGAGUCAUAA